CAUUUCACUUAUCGGAAAUUGAACCCUUUAUCAAACAACUACAAACCACACACACUACAUAUAUAAUAUACAUAUAUACUGCCUACUGCAUGUAUACUAUUGUAUAGGAGACAAAAAAGAAGAGUAAAAAAAAAUAAAAACACCACCUCAACUUCUCUAUUAAUAUUGCUGAAAAUCAAACCAAUCUGUCUAUCCUUAAGAGGAAACUUAGCAUCCAUACAAACUAAGAGAGAAAAUAAAAGAGUGAUCCUUACGAGAGUAUCUGAAACGGAAAACAACAAACAGGAUUUGGUUUGAUUCUUUGAUUCCCUCUUCCCUCUUAUCAUCAUCCUCAUCAUGUGUAACCAAACCACCACCGCUUCCAUCCUUACUUCUACUCAGAACUCUUCUCAAACCCACCUUUAUUUCCACCCUGGAAAGCAUAGGCAUCACCAUGACCAUGGAGCCCAUCACCUAUGCCCUUCGAUCUCUGACAUCAUAACUGAAGCUAAAUCACUCUUCAAUCUAGCCUUCCCCUUAGCCUUGACUGGUCUCAUUCUCUAUUCUCGUUCCAUCAUUUCCAUGCUCUUCCUUGGCCAUCUCGGCGAUAUCCAACUGGCUGCCGGUUCAUUAGCUAUAGCCUUUGCUAACGUCACCGGCUACUCUGUCCUUUCCGGCCUUGCUUUAGGUAUGGAGCCACUGUGUUCACAAGCCUUUGGAGCUCAAAGACAUAAACUUUUAUCUUUAACCCUUCACCGCUACGUUAUUUUCCUCUUAUUCGUUUCCAUAUUGAUAUCCUUUCUUUGGAUAAACAUGUUCAACAUUAUGGUUUAUCUUCGUCAAGAUCCUAAUAUCACCCGCAUCGGCCAAAGGUACUUACUGUUUUCCCUACUUGACCUCUUCACCAAUUCUUUCAUUCACCCAAUACGCAUUUACCUUCGCGCUCAAGGCAUCACCCACCCGCUCACUUUAGCAACCCUCGCCGCCACCAUUCUCCAUUUACCCAUCAGCUUCUUACUCGUCUCCCAUUUCAACUUGGGCGUCGCCGGGGUAGCCGCUUCUGCUUCCAUCUCCAACUUCUUCGUUCUCGUCUCCCUGGUUGUUUACAUUUGGACCUCGGGCCUCCACCAUCCCACGUGGGAAAAACCCACUUUGGAGUGUUUAACCGGCUGGAAGCCGCUGCUCAAGCUAGCCGCGCCAAGCUGUGUUUCUGUUUGUUUGGAGUGGUGGUGGUACGAGAUCAUGAUCGUGAUGUGUGGGCUUUUGGUGAACCCGAAGGCGCCGGUCGCUUCAAUGGGGAUAUUGAUUCAAACGACGUCGUUGUUGUACGUUUUCCCUUCUUCGUUGGGUUUCGCGGUUUCGACUCGUGUCGGAAACGAAUUAGGGGCAAACCGUCCUUAUAAAGCGAGAUUAUUGGCUGUGGUGGCGGUUUUCGUAUCAGCCAUGAUGGGCUUAUCAGCGUCGACGUUUGCAUCAGGGAUGAGAAAUAAGUGGGCCAGGAUGUUCACAUCUGAUCCUGAGAUCCUACGGCUGACAUCCAUUGCACUACCUAUCCUAGGGUUAUGCGAGCUGGGGAACUGCCCGCAAACAGUGGGAUGUGGGGUCCUCAGAGGGAGUGCACGUCCUUCCACCGCAGCUAACGUGAACCUCGGGGCAUUUUACUUGGUGGGCAUGCCCGUUGCGGUCGGACUCGGAUUCUAUGUCGGAGUCGGAUUUUCUGGGAUAUGGUUGGGCCUACUUUCGGCCCAGGUGUGUUGCGCUGGGCUUAUGCUGUAUGUGGUGGGGUCCACUGACUGGGACCUACAAGCCAAGAGGGCCCAGAUGCUGACGUGUGUAGAUACUACAUGGCUACCUCAUGAUUUUGAUAAUAAUAGUAAGGGUGAGGAAGAACAACAGCCGUUCAUUUGCAGUGUGCUGACUUCAGCUGCCUAAUUAACCUAAAUUAGCAGUAGUAAAUUUAGAAUCUGAUAUUUAUUUAUUUUUAGUAAAUUUAUUUCUUCAUUGCUUAAUAAGAAUUAACAAAUAAAGAAGGGCAAAAAAAGGGUUUUGUUAUCUCUA